ACUCCCCGGAAAGCCUGGAAAGCUGGGGCUAGCAUCUCCUCUCUGGAGAGUUCUCAGGAAGUUUGGGGGAGGGGCGCUCGGCUCUCUCCUGUUCUGGGAGGGCGAGAGGACUGCAGCCGCCGCAGGUCUCGGAGCUGUCACGUUCCGCCCCCGGCUCCGGGCCGGGUCUGCGGGGCGCGGGCAGCGCGCGCGCUCCGGGCGGCAUGGAGGGACUGGUCCUGCUCAACGCCCUGGCCACCCGGCUCCUCUUCGUGCUGCACUCGCUGGUUGGAGUCUGGCGAGUGACCGCGGUGAAGAAGGAGCCGUGGUACUGGCUGCUGGCGCUGCUCAAUCUCUUGCUGUUUCUGGAAACGGCGCUGACCCUCAAAUUCAAGCGCGGCAGAGGCUACAAAUGGUUUUCACCAGCCAUAUUUUUAUAUCUGAUUAGCAUUGUUCCAUCAUUAUGGCUUCUUGAAAUGCACCAUGAAACCCAGUAUUGCAGUAGCCAAUCUGGAGGAUUGUCACAGAAUACCAGCAGAAAAGAAGACUUCAAUCAAACUCUGUUGUCAGCUGAACGAACCAACAGAGCAGAUGAUCUUAUUGAGACGGCCAAAGUUUUUGUAAAUAACUUAUCUACAGUAUGUGAGAAAGUCUGGACUUUGGGACUCCAUCAGACAUUCCUUCUAAUGCUAAUAAUUGGAAGAUGGCUUCUCCCCAUUGGAAGUGGGAUCACUCGGGAUCAACUCUCUCAACUUCUCCUUAUGUUUGUGGGGACAGCUGCUGACAUAUUGGAAUUCACAAGUGAGACCCUGGAAGAAGAAAAUGUGAGGAAUAGUCCUGCCCUGGUCUAUUCCAUCCUUGUUAUAUGGACCUGGAGCAUGCUACAAUUUCCACUUGACCUGGCAGUACAGAAUGUCGUGUGCCCCGUGUCCAUAACAACGAGGGGGUUCUCCAGCCGAUUCUUCUGCCAAUACAGCGCCGACCUGUGGAACAUCGGAAUCAGCAUCUUCAUACAAGAUGGUCCCUUCCUUGUUGUGCGGCUCAUACUCAUGACCUAUUUCGAAGUGAUCAACCAGAUGCUGGUGUUCUUUGCUGCCAAGAAUUUCCUGGUGGUGGUGCUGCAGUUCUACCGCCUGGUGGUGUUGGCCUUGGACGUACGCGCUUCCUUGCGAAGUCGGCCAGAACGCCGGAAAGGAGAGCACGGAUGCCCGGAUGUACCUGGGGCGAGCGGGGUCUCACCUGGGGCCUGGCCAGGCAGUUCCAUGGAGGCCUUGGCUAUUCCGUUGCAGGCCUUGCGGGUCGCCUCCGACGACUCCCACCCCGUAGCGUAGUUAGUCGCCGACAGCAGCGUGCAGCUAGACAGCUUGACUUUCUGGUUCAUCUUUCAGACAGAAUCUUCUCUUUUUUAUUUUAGCCUUGGCAUAUAAUAAUUUUCAAAAGAACAACAUAAAAAGUGAUCUUAAACCAGAGCUGAGGAAUUUUCUUUUUUCAACGGAAUGAAAAGAACUUUGAUUAGUAGCUAUCGCUACAACUUUUGUGUGAUGGUAUCAGAUGUUAGAGUUGUUCAACGACUAAGAGAUUUGUUUGUUUUGAACUAUUUGAAAAGCUGUGGACAGGGUUAGAGUGACAUGCCCUCAAGAGAUUUAAUGCAGACAAACCGUCGCGGCUGUUACCUGAAAAUAGAGCAUCUUUGAACUUUGGCUCUAUUGUCAGAGUAUCUCAUCUGAUCUUUUCUGCAGUGUCCCUCUGACAUCAAAAAAACGUACAUUCAGUGAAUGUAGAACAAAUGAAGGGAAAAGUGCCUUUAAAAUUACCUCACUGUGGGCUGGAAACAGUGAAAAUCUCUGCCCAGCUACCAUAGCAUCAAGAGCCCUAUUCAUCGCUGCAUGGACCUUACCAGGAAAAUCAUUUUUCUGGGCUGCUGUGGUCUUCUGUCACGGUGCAUAUGCUCUUAUGGAAAUGUUAUUGCUUUGGCUUGGGUGCUGCAAAAUUCACAGCAAGCCAUUUUGGUUACAGAUCUACUGGUUGUGGGGCAGGAAAUACUGGUAAUGCUGACAGAGUCACAAUUUCCACUCUGAACACGAUUUGCAGUCUUCGUCAGGAUUUCCCUUAACUCCGCUUUACCAUUUUCUGUAUUGCCAACUCGAAUUAUGUGGGUUGAUGCAAGAAAGCACUGAAGCAGUGAAUAAAGGUAUUUCAGGCCCUUUAAAUGUUACCACAGUCGCUGGUGUCCGCUUGCAGUCCUGGGAGCGCCUCUGAACUGCCACUGCUGGAGCCGGCCUUUGGUCUUGGGAAGAUGGUGGUGAUGGAGGCUUGCAUUAGCCCUCCUCACCACCGACAGCCCUUGAUGAGUGACGGGGGUCAGAUAAUGCCACAGCAGUGUGGAAAUCAGGAAAUUCGCUUUUCUUCCCUGCAUUAUGACUGCAUUUCCCCAGUACUGAAAUAGCUGUAUUUUCCUUUCAUAUGCCUCCCUACGUUCCAGUUGGAGGCGAUUCAGAACCUUUUAAAAUGAUUUUUGCUUUUAAAGAUACAGUGUGAAAACUUACCUGGCUUUAUAGCAAUAAUUAUAUAAGACAAACAACUUGAAAACUAUUCCUUUAGGGUUCAAAGCAUAAUUCCACCUUGUUAUUAUGCUCAGGAAUUGAAAGGGACAUUAAAGAUAAGGCAGGGUGUGACUUUAAAUUGGAUAUGACCUAGGGACACCCAAUUGGGACAAAUUCUAUCUAUAAAUCUGUGUGACAUGAUAUCUGUUCAACCUGUUUAAGAGUUGCAUAGACAAACUUUUUAUACAGAAAAAUUAAUAUUUUUCAGUUAAUAGUUUCUUCGGUGCUUGAUAAUGUUUCUGUUUCUUUUCUUCCUCAUGUUUUUAAUUUUAACAAUAUGACUGCAAAAUUACACAUGAAAAUAAUAGAGUACAUUUAUAAUUUUCCAUAAUAAUUUUAUGAAAAGUUAACAUCAGGAAAUUGUAUUUAUAUAAAGAACUUGAUAACUUUUAAGGGCAUGUUAUUUAAAAUGCUUAGUAAUUGAACACAAACUAAUAACUUCUAUUUAUAAAGACACUUAGCAGGAUCUGUUUUUUUGUUUUUUUUUUUUAUGUUGACUGUCUUAUGUUCCAGCAAAACAAAUAUUGGGCCUCUAAAAAUAGAUCAAGUAUGAAGAAGUGUGGUUGUUGUGCAGAUAUUUUUAAAAUGAUUUUGAAUCUGAGACUUGGCUUGGCUCAGUGAAUGAGUUUUUAGUAUUUAAGUAUUUUGUAAUUAACAGUCCUCCAAAGGCCUGGGGAGAAGAAAGUCAAGUCUAGCUUUAUCCCACUGCCAGGAAAGCAAAGAGCACCCAAGACAAUCUUAGCAAGUACGUGCAUGCUAAGUCACUUCAGUCAUAUCCAACUUUGUGCAACCCUACAAACUGUAGCCCACCAGGCUCCACUGUCCGUGGGAUUCUACAGGCAAGAAUACUGGAGUGGGUUGCCAUUUCCUUUUCCAGGGGAUCUUCCUGACCCAGGGACUGAAUCCAUACCUCCUGUCUCCUGCUUUGGCAGGCAAGUUCUUUACCACUAGCGCCACCUGGGAAGCUGUCUCAAUAAGUAGUGGUGGCAAAAGAGACAGAUGCUCUGCAAGAUUUUCCAGGAAAACCUAUUAAGGGAAACAUCUGUUAACCUGACUGCCAGAAUGGCCACUCUCUUGGACCUUUUUUCAUAGUCAAGAAAAUCUAUAUUCAUUUAGUUUAUUGAAAAAUAAAACCUAAGUCCAGGUUGUAUGCCUAGGACCCUUGAUGAAAACUUAAAACUUAACUUAGUUAAUUGCAUGUUUUUAUUGUAGUUUGCUAAAUAUUGUAAUGUUUGAAAACAUCCAUUUAUAGUAUUAUGGAUGUUUUUCAUACUAUUAAAAACAUUUAUAGUAUUUGCUGUAAAGUGCCCUGGACAGCAGUUACUUCCCAGAGGCUGACAUUCUGGGACUGGCUUCUGCUUUAUCUGUACAACAUAACUGACUUAUAUCAUUCCUCUAAUGCAAUACAGGCCAUACCUCUCUACCGACCCCUCACAGACACAAAACAUCCGUAUCCUCACCACUGAACAAAGUGGCUUAUUUGUGGUUGUUGGUGCUGUUGUUAUUAUUACUGUUGUUGCUAUUUACUUGCUUGAUGAACUCAAUUGAAUGUCCUUCCUAAAAACCUACCAUUUCAUUUCUGAGAAAACACAGUGACGCUGUGUAGAAACAUGCCUCACGAUCAUCUUCUGGACUUUCUUUACUUCCUAGAGGACAUGACUUGCCACUGCAAGAUUAGAGAACUGUCUUUCUCUUUUGACUACUCUGUUAAUUUUUAUUUAAGCUGGAACAGAUAACAUGAGGAAAUGGAAAUUUUUGUUGGCCAAUAAUAUUCUUUCUAAUCUUCCAAAGUGAAGAUUGUUACACAAAUGCAUCAGUUAGCUCUGUUGUAGUUCCACUAACAAAGUGAAGGGUAGGAGCACUUCAGGCUUUUGAAGACUAAAAGGAUGUGGCCAAGGAUUCAGUAUCCUAAUAGUAAUUGUUAACUUGUUAUUUCAUAGCCUUGGGAAGACAUGCAUUUUAGUGCACAUAUUUUGGGAUUUCCACCAAGGUUUCAGAGUUCACACUGAUUCUUGUUAUCUUCAGCAGUUGAUCUCAAUGACUCUUAACUAACUCUUCUGUUAAAAGAAAGGAUGGCACAGAACCACUGUUCCACCUUCAUUCUACAUAUAUGUAUGACAUACACACUGACAUACAUCUAGAGCUUUAGAUAUGUCAAUGAAAAGCCAUACCAUCUAGAAAUCUAAAAACAGAAGAGACCAUUACUUUCUUUUUCUCUAAUUUUAGGCUUUGUUUUUUUACUUAAUAUACAUUCUGAUCCUCUCUCAGUAACAUCUGAUUUGAAGUUAAACUAGGCAGCUUGAGGAUGUUUAUAGUUUUGAGGCUUUAAAUUAUUCAUAUGAUGGGAGUAACUGUAAACAAUGUUUAAAUAACUCUUGCACACUUAUAUUUCAUGGGUGUCCAUCCUCUGAAUCUUUCUUACUGGAAUAUUUUAUAAGAAUAUUUGCUCUGACUUAUUUAUAUUUAUACUAUUUUGCUAUGAAUGACAUUUGUAUUGUAUUGUAUACAUUAAAUAGUUUGUGUAGAACUCUA